GCUAUAAUGACGUUGAUGCGGCUGCUCUGGUCACGUGACAUCAACAUGGCUGCGCGCAUGUGAAAGUCAUGCUACAUCUUGUCGGGAUCACUACGCGUUGUUGGGUUUUUUUAAAUAACAAUUUAUGAACAAUCACAAUAGAGCAGUCUAAUAGUAGCGUUUACAGAUAUUUUAUUUAUAGAUACAUUUACUGAUUUACUAAUAUGGAACCCGACGGACAGCUACGGAAUCUUCGCGACUUCCUCUUGGUUUAUAAUCGAAUGACGGAAAUUUGCUUCCAGAGAUGCACGAACAAUUUCAACUACAGAACCCUUACAAUGGAUGAAGAGCGUUGUGUGGACAACUGUGCUGGCAAACUAAUCCGUUCCAACCAUCGCCUCAUGGGCACAUAUGUAAAACUGAUGCCAGCUAUGGUCCAAAAGCGAAUGGAGGAGUUGGAGAGCAAAGCUGCUGAAGCAGCAAAGGCAACCGAAGCCAUAGGCCCAGUCGAGCCUCACACUGGAGGUUUAAAUUUGUCUGUAGCCCCAUCUACAGACAUAACAUCUACUCUUGCUAAACCUGCACCAGAUGGGCUGACACCUGCAUCUGCUGCAGAAGUGUCAGGAACAGCAUCUAUCACAAUCUUAUCUGCACCAUCACCAUCUACAAAUGAGGCAUUUGUUUCACCCAUCCCUGUUACAGAAAGUGCACACAAAUGUUCAACUGAGCAUCCAUCAAAGCAUGCAUCCUUAGACCUGACUUCUCCACUUUUAGAGGGACUGCAUGUCUCUACACCUCCUGCAAAACCUAGUGUACAAACACAAGAGUCCUUCCCCAGUGCUUCAUCAGGCAUUGCUUUAAAAAAUGUAGAUGUAAACCACAUUGGUAUAGUGAACAGCAGCAUAUCACCACCAGCCUCAGCCCAUCAAUUUACUGGGGGAGAAAGACCAUCUUAAUUUUAGUUUAUUAAUAUAUAGGGACAACUUUUAUUGAUCAUAGCUGUUAUAUCAAAACAUGUACUUAGUAGAAUGACCAGUAUGAAAACUAUUGAUUUUCAUAUUGUCUUGAGGGACGUUGAUAUUUCCAAUUCCUAUUGAUAGCAGGCGCAGAGGCAACAAAAUAUGACCGUCAUAUAUGAAUGACAACUAUGUUUAAUUCAUUUUUCUGUUCAUGUCCAAAUUUGGGAAGUAAAUGUGAUUAUGUGACUGAAAAGACAAGCAACUGGGAAAAGGUGUUGUAAUGGUGUUUAGAUGGGUAGAACAAGUAAACUUUUGAGUAAAAAAAUAAAAUGUGUAAAUCCUC